CGAAGAGAAUCGAGUGACGCGUCACGGGGCGGGACUACAGCUCCCAGCAUGCCUUUCGGCCGAACACGUGUCUGAGCUCGGCAACAGCAGCAUCAUGUCCGCGUUCAUGGAUCUGAACCUGCGCUUCACGACCGAGAGAAGCGACCUGCGGACCCUGGUCCGGACCGCGGCUCAGCUCGGUUUCUCCACAGUCGCCAUCAACUAUGUGUUUGAACCUUCGUCCAAAAAGAAACAGGAAAUCCCGACCCCGACGCCGAUCAAUGAGCUGAUCGAUCAGUUGCCCGUCGUACAGGGCCGCUCUCGUCCAAUCAGAGUGCUGAACAGACUGACCGUUGUGAUGUCAGACUCCAGUCACUUUAGGCCGAACGCUGCUGAAUACCGGAGGUUCGACCUGUUGGCCGUCCAGCCGACCACAGAGAAACUCUUCCAUGCUUCCUGUUUGUUGUACGACGUCGACAUCAUCUGCAUCUUAGUCACAGAGAAACUUCCCUUCUUCUUCAAGAGGGCGCCAGUGAACGGGGCUGCAGACAGAGGUGUGGCGUUCGAGGUGUCGUACUCAGCGGCCAUCAGAGACUCUACCAUGAGACGUUACACCAUCGCCAACGCCGUCAGUCUGAUGGAGAGCUGUAAGGGGAAGAAUGUGAUCCUGUCCAGUGCAGGGGAAAGGGCUCUGGAGCUACGAGGUCCCUAUGAUGUCACCAACCUUGGUUUGUUGUUUGGUUUGUCAGACAAAGACGCUAAAGAAGCUGUUUCCUCCACAUGUCGAUCAGUUCUACUGCACGCAGAAACCAGGAGGACGGCCAGUGGCAUCAUUUACACCACGAAGAACUGCAGUGACCAGCAGGAGGCUCCAGAGUGUGAACACGGUGAAGCUCCAGCUGCCAAGAGACACAGAGCUGCCCUGACUGAGUGAUUGACAGCUGAGGAGGGCGGGACUAAUGGGGUUCUCCAGGCCUAUUGGUUGACGUGGUCAAUGAUGACAAUCUGAUCUGAUUCUCUUGUCAAACAGUUUGAAGAAUCUCUGGACGCUUUGUUUUGAAAUUUUUUUGAUGAAAUAAAAACUUGAUAUGAAAUAUCAA